CGAAGCUUGCGGGAGUAAUCCUAUUUACUUGUAAGAUAAGCUUGUAACACGUGUCUGCGCCUCAAUGAAAUUACUGCACGCUAUCGUUUAACUAUUUUUGCACCACUAUUAUAUGAGUAUAAGUAUAUUCGCACGAAAAGAAAGAAAGUAAAAGCAUGAGCAACAAGGAGAACUCGCUGCUGCAUCAGGAACAGGAGAAGCUGCAGAACCACGUAGUUCACAUGGAUGGGAUAAGCGAGUCGGGGAGCGACGACGACUGGGAGGAAGUAAACGACGAGGUGCAGGUCAUACAGUGCCUAUUCUGCGAUGAAACAAGCAAGAGUUUCAAGGACUCGUUGCAGCAUCUGGAGUCGGACCACGGAUUCAACUUUGCAUUAUUCAAGGACAAACACGCGCUUGAUGUUUAUACCUACAUUAAACUGAUCAAUUUUAUAAGAAAGAAAAAGAUCAGCCCUGAAGAUCUUAAUGCCUUGACUGUGAAGACUUGGGAGAGCGACGAGUACUUGACGCCUGUCUUUCAGGAUGAUCCUUGGCUGAUGUUUGAUUUAGAUGAGUUGGGUGAUGUAAAAAAUUCUGAUGAAUACCCUGUGAAUUCCGGACAAGAGGGUGUUACUUUAUCCGAGUUGCAUUUUGCUGAACUGCAAAGGACGAUUCAGUCUUUAAAAGCUCAACUGGAACAACGAGAUUUGGCUUGUCUGUUAGCCAAACAGCAAAUCGAAGAAAUGACUAAAAAAGCUCACAAGCUGGUGUUUGAUGAAGAUGAUGUGACAAAUUGUAAAGAAAAGUGUGUCAAAAAUGUGCCGUCUACUUCUGACCAAGGAUAUUUCAAUACUUACAGCCAUUUUGCCAUUCAUCACGAAAUGUUAACAGUAAUUGGCGACAAAGUGAGAACUGAAAGUUAUCGUGACGCUCUUCUGACAAAUUCACAUAUAUUCAAUAAUUGUGUGAUGCUUGAUGUUGGUUGUGGCACUGGAAUUCUUUCGAUGUUUGCUGCUAAAUCUGGAUGUAAAAAAGUCAUAAGCGUUGAUCAAUCGGAUAUUAUUUACCAUGCAAUGGAUAUAGUUAGGGAAAAUAAUCUUACUAGUAUUAUUACACUCAAGAAAGGAAGACUUGAAAAUAUUGAACUAGAUGUAGAAAAAGUUGAUGCGAUUGUAUCCGAGUGGAUGGGAUAUUUUUUAUUAUUCGAGGGUAUGCUUGAUUCUGUAAUAUAUGCCAGGGACCAUUAUUUAAAGCCGGGAGGAUAUCUUUUGCCAAAUAGAUGUACAAUCAGUCUUGUCGGAAGUGGAGAUACAAAGCGCUAUGUAGACUUGGUAGACUAUUGGUCGAAUGUUUAUGGCUUCAAAAUGAGCUGUAUGAAAGCCGAAGUAGUCCGAGAGCCUAGCAUAGAAAUUUGUAAUUCACAAGAUAUCGUAACGACCGUCGCUGAAAUACAAUCAUUUGAUCUCUACAAAGCAACCACUGAUUGCGUCAACUUUUCGUCAAUGUUCAACCUCACUGUUAAAAGAAGUGGAUCAUUAACAGCAAUCAUCGGUUAUUUUGACGUAUUUUUCGAUUUGGAAAAUCCUGUUCAUUUUAGCACAGGACCCCAUGCCACCCCUACUCAUUGGAAACAAACAGUGUUUUCGCUGAGUGAGCCUAUCAGCAUCACAGAAGGUGAAGUUGUCACUGGUAAGUUAAUAUGCCGAAGACACGUAAAAGACGUCCGUGGAUUAAUCGUGACAAUCCAGAUAAAGGAUGUUAGUCAAGUCUAUUACUUGGAUUAAAAGUAAUAACCGAAAAAUUGACGCCUUUCAACAAUCAUUUUUGCGCUCGAAAUCCUUCUAUUUUUAUUGGUUCUGAACGUACGUAUAGUUUAUUAGAUAUGUAUAUUUUAACUUUUUUGAAUGUAACACACACAGUUUAUGAUACGUUGAUUUCGUAUCGAUAAAUGAACUAAUUUUUGGAAUUUUGAUUCCACAAUAUCCUAUUUUUGCUAUUUCUAUUUUCCACAUUAACUGGAACAAAUCAAUUUUGCACUCACAAUGCUGCACUGUACAAUCUUCUAAUUACUGCUAGUUUGAGAAAUCAAUGAAUUGAUACUUAAAAGUUACAACUAUUUGAGGGACGGAUUAAUCUUAACUGUAUUACAGCGAAAAGCUGUACAAAAAAUAAUUUGGUUGAAAAAGAAAUCUUACAAUCUCGGGUUUUAAGAACGCACUAUUUAGCGUCCAUCUUAAAAAGAGCGAUUGUAUUAUAAUGUAGUACCAUAUACUAUAUACUGUAGUUCCAAUCUUCCGAAUUUCGUGCCUUUAGAGCGUUCGCUAAUUUUGCCGCAAAUAAAAUAAAAAUAUAAGAAAUUAUUGCGAAAUAUUAUAAAGUACCGUACAAAACUUAAGGUGUAGCGUUUAACAAUUAAGAAUUUCAAAGUCACUGAAAGGUUGUUAUUAAAUAUACGAAACAAGAAAUAGUGAAAGUUACUACUUAUAGAUUUUUUCAAUUCUCGCGGUCGAAAAAAUAUUUUUCGCGUUAUGCAUUUAAUAGAUAAAUUAGUAAAAAAG